ACCCAUCAGGGAAACAAAAAGAUGUUCUAUGAAAAAACUCAUGUCCUCAACGUCACCAAGUCAAUGUUCAAGUACCCAUGGAUGGAAUAUUGAGAUAGGGUCAAAGAAUUCAGAAAAGCCACAGCUCUUGUUCACCUACCCUUGUCCUGCUACCAGAUGCCAAAGGAGGAGUUCCCCCCAAGUCCAGAGUGCUGGAGGCAGCACCCGAGCAAGCCACACUCAGUGCCUUACUGCUACUCCCAGAGGCCUGAAAUCUACUCACACUGGCACACUCUCUAUGACCAGCGAGAGGAACGGGAGGGCCAGAAGAUACUGUGGAAAAUGAGAGACACCCCUAGGCACUUCAGGGAGAGUACUCACCUCCAAAACCUCCAUCUCCCCAUGAACAAGUUGACUCUAAAAUCUCAUGUGGCACCCAGGUCCUUAGGGCCUGCCUCAGAUCCCCUAAAGUGGCAAAGAUUAAAGGAACUCACACAAAGUCUGAAAUCUCCGAGGGAGGAUGAACAACAUUAUGCAGCUCAGGCUCUGGGGUGCCUGGGCAUCAAUGACAAAUUUAUCAUGGAGGCACUACGGGAGGUGGCCAAAACUGGUCCAGAGAAAGUGAAGUUCGAGGCCUAUCGAUCCCUGGCUCUCCUGGGUUGCCUGAAUAAGCACGUGAUCCAGGCUCUCAUCCACCAUCUGAAGGGGCAAAAUGAAGCUCGAAGGAUGGAGACUCUGGUGGGGCUACGAGUGGCUCUGAACAACCGGGUGGCUGUCCCUAAAGACAAGAGGACUCAAGUGGGGGACGAAGAGAAGCUGGUGCCUCUGCUGCAGAUGCUGAUGAAAGCCUUGCCGAAUGAUGCAGCUCUGGAGGCAGCCCUGUGCUUGGGUUUCCUGAAGCCCUGCAGCAAGGUGGUCCGAGAGUUCCUGCUGCAGUGCCUGGGCCAAGGGCCUAAGACCCAGAAGAUGAAGGCACUUAGGAUGCUGGUCAAGGUGAUGCAUGUGCACUCAGCCACAGUCAUCAAGGCCAUCCUAGAGCAGUUGUGCUCUUCCAGUGUCCUUGAGCACCGCUUUGAAGCCACCAAGAUGCUCAGGACCAUUGGGUUGGAAAAGAUCCAGGCCGAAGGGUUGGAGGGACUCACAUUUGACCUGCUCAGGAAGAAGGUGUAUAAUGAACCCUUCCUGGCUAUGAGGCAGGCUGUGGCUGAAACUGUGGAGGAGCUCAAGAUGAAGCCUAUGAUGAUGAACCUGGUAGAGGCGCAACUGAUGCACUCCAGCACCACUGCACGCCAGGAAGCAGUCAUCUCUUUGGGUGUCCUGGGUAUCCGCAGCCCUCACGUGUACCACUUGCUCCUAGACAUGCUAGAUGCAGAAAAGAACCAGGAUAUGAAGAAAAGCCUACAAAAAACAUUAAUCCUUUUGGCCUCGACUGAUCCCUGGGUCCGGAAAAAGUUGAAGAACAAGGUUCUCUUUGUAUAUGAGGCGCCUGAGACCAAUGUAAAGCCAGAGCCUACCAGGUUCCGGAAGGAGCCUGAGAGCCCAGAAGAGUUUACUAUCCAAGACUUUCAACUUGCACAGCUGAGCCCCUUGUUUGUUGCGAAGUCCAGCAUCAAAAUGGACCAGCAGGAAAAGUUGACGGGAUCUGUCUUACACGCCACCAUGAGUUCAGACUUGUACGCAGCCACUGCCUUCUCAUCCUGUUUCUCUAACCCAGUAAAAGACACAUCACAGGCUAAAGGGCCCUGGGAGCUAAAGAUCAGGAGACAGCUCCAGACCCUCGCUAAAACCUCCAAAAACAUCAGCUCUCCCCCUGAUGAUGCUUCUCAGGCUCCCCAUACCUCCCAUGAAUAAAUGAGUGUCAUUCUACCCACUACACCUCCCUGAAUCACUGCCACUGCUGUGUCCUUCCUCUUGUCAUGCCAGAGGCUUCACUGGAACACCAGUCUUCUCACUCCUGGUCAGAUGUUCCUUCCACUCAACUACAUGGCCUCUCAUCAGGGGAAAGAGGAAAGGGGAUAGAGCCAAAGCUUUGGAUAGUCACCCUGCCUCCCAAAAUCAAGUCAUUGUCUAGGCCCACAAUUUGAUGACAAGCUAAAGAGAUGAACCUCUGCCCAGAUGGGGCUACUGAAGGAAAACUAGGAGAAAAUCCAAUAAAGUUUGGCUCUUGGACCCAUUUCCUCUAAUUUGCCUCCU